AUGUUGUCUAAACUAGUUACAUGUAUUUUCUGCAUCGCAGUCCUCAUCUUCAUUUCUGACUUCAAUGAUGCAGUCGUCUUCAAGUUUACAAAUUUUGUCUGCAAAAGUCACAAUCAGUCGUGGUUUGUGUUCCAUUAUUGUCGUCUUAAGGCUAUCAGUCGUGAUAGGGUCAUCCUCAACGUGAACGGAACUGUUCUCUACCCGGCGUAUGAUAUACAGAUUCAUGCGAAGAUUUUCAAAAAGGCAAGCGAAUUUAAGCCUUGGUUACUGGACGCAAAUAUCGACGGAUGUCGGUAUAUGCGAAAAAACUACAAUCCCUUUUUAGGCAUAGUCUUCAGUCUGUUCCAAGAUUUCUCCAAUAUAAACCACACGUGUCCAUAUGUUGUAAGUAUUAAAAUGCGCUUAAAUCCUCAAAUUUACAUGCCACCAUUACAGGGUCUACAAACUGUGAAGGAUUUUUAUCUAAGGCCCGAUAGAUUGAAGUUGCCGUUUCCAUCCGGAGAGUACAUGUUGACUCUACAGUGGUUCUUCGACAAGAAACCCCAAUUCGAUACAAACGUUACAUUUACUUAUAUGGAGGACCUGCUCAAGAGAAAUUAA